CCAGAGUACUUAAGAUCCUUCCUUCUUUUGCACCGCCAUCAGCAUACUUGUAGCGUUGUUACUGCAUUUUCUAAGCGUGGAAAAAUAGUUAACUGAAAGUAACGUUAAUUUAUUCCUGAAAUCAUGGCACAAACAAUUAAGGGGCUCUGUAGAGUCAAUUUCUGUCUUGCAAAAAAUGUGUUCUUUAAAAAUAAUCCGUUUAAUGCUCGUGUUCGGUUUCUGUAUACGGACAGGGCUAUAGGUAUAACAGCAUACGAACAGGCAAGAAAAAUGUUCUUAACUCAAUUUUCGUCAGUAUCAGAAAUAUUCCGUGCUAAAAUGUUGGAAGUUUGUAAGACACCAAGCUCAACGAUUUUUACUGAAGAUAUGAAAGCAAUGGUGCAUUUAAUUAAUAACAAUGAAGAAGACAUACAAUUAGUAGAAGCAAUGCUGCAAAAAUACCGUGAAACCAACAGGGACAUGCAGUUUGGUACAUAUGUGUUUGGUCCAGUCGUAAUGAGAAUGUAUACAUAUUUACAAGAACCAAGGAGAGCUUAUGAGUCAUUUAAUAACCUUUUUGAAACAUCAUUCUAUAAACAAAUGACAACAGUUCAAGUUUUGCUUAAUCUCUUGUACAAGUAUGAAAUGUAUCAAGAAAUUAAAGUCGUAUAUGAAAAAAUUUCAAGUACAGAUUCUUGGAAAGGUAUGGCUAACCGUUGUAUGUUUGACCUGAUGGCUGGAUGUUAUAAAGAGAAUACCAAAGAAUCAUUAGAUUAUGGAGCUGCGAAGUGGAAGGAAUUGAUGCACCAGGGAAUUAAGCCAAGUGCUAGGGGUACUUCACUUUUAGCAUAUUUAGCGAUAAACCAAAAUUCUCCUGAAUUAGCUUUAGAAACACUGUGUGCGAUACAGAAUCAGAAGCUUGCCAGUGUUGUAAGUCUAAAGUGUCUUGCUUGCACAUAUUUGAAGAGAUAUGUCAAUUUAAUUACUCUGAUAAAACCCAUAGUGUUUAAUGAUCAGAUAGUAAUGAGGCGCAAUUUCUUUAAAGAAGUGCUAUUCAGAAUAGAACAGUUUAUUUUAUCUAAUCCGUCAGAAGGAUCUGAGGAUACAUUGAAGUUAAUAAAUGAUAUCAAAACAGCGGGCAAGAUUAUAGAAACUACAACUUUAGAGGAUGUUUUAUUAAGACCCUAUGAUACCGUACUACCAAGUGAUCAAUUUAAGAAUGAAUCAAUACAUAGAAACAAUCAUGAACAGAGAAAGCAUUACAAUGAAGUGGGGCAAUAUGCGCGUAGGAAGUUUUUGUAAUGUAUUAUGUAUUAAGACUUUUGUAACAGUUAUAUGUAUUAAAAUUAUAAUUAAUUA